AUGUGUGUGGUGAUUGAUGGUGAUUGGUGCGGGUAUGUUGUGCGUCCGGGGAAGAAGGGAGGGGAAGGAAAAGAAGGGAGGGGAAGGAAAAGAAGGGAGGGGAAGGAAAAGAAGGGAGGGGAAGGAAAUGAAGGGAAGGGAAUAUUGUUACGAGGUUUGCCGUCUAGAUCACGUGGAAGUGCUCUAGGCUCUCGAGGUGGUUUAUAA